AAUUUGAAGUAAAUAUUUACCGAUACAUUGAUGUUCACCCAUAUGCUAACACAACCACAUGCACACACACGCACUCUCGCACCCACUCCUACACGCAUAAUAGCAGUAUACAUGUGCAACAAUUGUGAUGAAUCCUCCCAGCACCGACAACACUAGUGAUAGGCUUAGCACUAAUCAUCACACUGAUAUUUCUAUUGUUCAUCACAUCCCGUGCCAUGUUGUCGUUCUCCUGUUACUUCCCAUAUGUACAUCCUCGAAAAUUCGUCUCCACUGUGCCGUCCGCGCCGGGAAGGGUCCAUCGCAUGACUGGACACAUAUAUGUCCGAGGUGUUACUUCUACUGACCUUACCUGUAAAAUAACCCUACGUCUGGAGCGCAUAUGUAGCUCACAUGUGAUUGAACUUACCUGGGUUUAAAUCAUCACGUAUCGAUACGUUCAUGCUUUGCUAUACCGGCAGACAGGUAAAUGAGGUCGCAUGAAAACACAUUUAAACAUGUAAACAGAAGAUGGCGGAAUGGACACAUGCCUUACCCUUUCUCCUUAUCACACUGGUGUGUAUACCUGCGGUUAUUACAGUGCCACCGAAUGCUACCUCGUUCAACAUUGUACCGGCCGAGGUGUUCUACGAAGGGGACGAUGCAUAUUUUGACUGCGUGAUGGACGGAGGACAGCCAUUGGCUACUUUAGCAUGGAGUCAGUGUGUUGACCAAUUAAGAGAGACUUCAGAGUCUAGGAACACGGCCACACGGUCUGUACAGAGACUGACGAUUCUUGGCAUUAACCGGACAUACAAUUCCAAAACUUGCACAUGCACUGCGAGCCAUCCGGAAAUAAUGACCAGUCAAACUCUAGUUAAAGUAUUGACUGUGUAUUAUCCCCCGGGAGCCCCUGUCGUAUCUGUUGAUACGUCGAAGGGUGGGAGACUUCCUUGGCUUGCAAACCCGUCAUUCACGGGCAGUCUGCAGUGUCGUGUAACCCCCGGGAAUCCGGAUUUCCAAGAGAUAUCGUGGUAUAAUAAUGGCGAAAUAGAUCCAUAUAGGUCGCUUGAAUAUCGAAUGUUCGACCCCCCGGAUAAAAUUUACAACGGUCGAAAUUUCACCUGUAGAGUCAGCAAUAAAUUUACAAGGGAGAAAGGAACCGUCGUCGAGUCGAAUGGAAUAGUACUGGAUAUUCAAUAUACGCCCGUCAUAACGCUUGAUCAGUCAAACGCCUAUGUCAACGAAACCAUGUCCUUCCGCCGAACUUGUUCUGCUGAAGGAAACCCUACUCCUACAGUGACGUGGACAGGCGCUUCGUACAGGGGUCCUAUUGGUCCUGUUGCGGUUCUCGAACUCAAUGCGACCGACAGAAGUGAUACUGGAAGUCAUUUUUGUUAUGCUUCAUCUAAUGCCAGUAAAAGCUACCUACCUUUGUCAGCUACGAAGUCGUUUACUCUUUUCGUUCAGCAUGGACCAGACGAGGUGACAUUAAACAUGCCGGAAAACACAACAGAAAACGUGACAAAUAUUCAACUCAUUUGCCAAGCUUAUGGGCUGCCCGCCAGCACGUUUCGGUGGACGCACUCGUUGGGUGGCGAAUUGAUUAGGGACACAUUUGAUCACGUGACUGAAACUCAGUUGUCUAGCACUUUAACACUACAUAAGCUGACUUAUCAAGACAUGGGGACUUACCGGUGUGAAGCUGAGAACGGAUACAAGGGCAGGGACGGACUUUUUGUGUACUCUCAAAGCGGACUGUUGAACGUCCAAGCAAGACCAAGAGUAAUCAACGCAAAGAAACUCUAUGUAGUGGAAAAGGACGAGUCUCUUGACAUCAACAUAACAUUCCAUAGUUUUCCGAAACCUCAUAAGAUAUCAAUCACGAAGUUGGAUUCCAUUCUACCUUCAUCAGACGAUCUGGCUAUCAGUAAUAUGUCUGUACCGGUCUCACUACCUUUCCACACUAAACGAAUAACAGUUGAUGGUUCCUUGGUACGACUACACUUCAAGAGUGUACAGCCACGAUUGGAGGGCCAAUACCAACUGUUUGUGAACAAUACAUUACCGUACUUCUAUACAGUUCAAGUAACUAUAUCAGAUAGGCCAGACCCCCCACAGCACCUUGCUAUUGACACGAGAAGUAGAAACCAUGACAAGGCUGCAGUUUCAUGGUCACCAGGCAGCAAUGGCGGGCAUGAACAAAUAUUUACUGUGAUGUACACUAAAUAGAAUUCAGGCAUCUUUGAAUCUCUAACGACAAAUCAGACCUAUCCGGCAGUGCGAAUUCAUAACCUUCAACAAUUCACAACAUACGAAAUCACGUUAUUUGCAACAAAUGCAAAAGGGGAGAGCGACCAUAUAUACGGAAUAUUCACUACAGAAGGCGAGGUGUCGCAGACGGAUGCUAUAAUAGGUGGAGUCAUAGGUGGCAGUGUUGCUGUUGUUGUGAUCAUCGGUGUUGUUGUUGCAGUUAUCUGCAUCUACAAAAGACGGAAUUCACAUGGAAUCAAUCGAUCAGAAUAUGAAAUGCCAAAGGCUUGAAACACUGUCGGUGAACGAACAAGACGAUGCGGACAUUUUGUCUUUCCAAGAAAACACUAUUAGUGGACAGAAUAAGAUUGGAACAUUGACAAUGGAACGUAGGAAGUUUAUUAGCUACAAGUGUCCAAUCAACCAGUUAUUAGUGUUUUAAUGGUUAAAUGAAAAUGGAAUAUAGCAUGACGCUGUUACCUUAUUGUUUAACUUUUAUUUGUAAAGCAUCAUCAAAAGACAUCACUCGACUAAUCCAAAGAGUGAUAACAACCGAUCUCUUUGAACUUUGCUUGAUAAAACCGUGCAUCAACCGAGUUCGGCUUAGUAUACUAUUCUAGCAUAAGCCUUUAACGUCUACAAUGAAAAACAGGGCCAGAAAAUCAGAUGAAAACCUUGCAACGACGUCACGUUGUCAGUACAGGUGUUUUUUUCUGGACUGUUUACAUUAUACAGGUAUGACCUUAUUGCCAUGCAUGUGAUCAGCCUUUUACAUUCGAACAUUUAAUGACUGAAUGCGAUUAUUUAAGAGGGAAAUGCGAAAUUCUAUAAUGUAUUGUAUAUAAAAAGUUUAUUUUAUACAUUUUGUAUUCAAUCAA